GAUGGUGUGUGGAGGAGAGCAUCAUCCAAGCCCCACUGCUGCUGGACCGACACAUCUGGACCAGAACCGGCCUGGGAGCAGCUGUGGCUCCGGUGGGGGAGGGGGGCGGACCAGUAAGGUGGUCACGUGGGCAGAGAGAACCUGGACAAAGGCGCGCGGGGGGAACGGAGGCGCGCAGGUGUGUCUCAGCAUCCCUGCUGUCGGAGAGCGUGCGGGGCUUCCCGGGGCCAGCAUGGCGGAGGAGACCCGGGUCAUCUACCACCUGGAGGACCAGGAGACCCCCUACCUGAUCCGGAUCAACGUGCCCGCGCAGCGCGUCACACUCGCGGACUUCAAGCAGGUGCUGAACAGACCCCACGCCAAAUUUUUCUUCAAGUCCGUGGAUGAUGACUUCGGGGUGGUCAAAGAGGAGAUCAGUGAUGAAGAAGCUCGGCUGCCCUGUGUGAACGGACGAGUCGUCUGCUGGGUGGUGUCAUCAGACACUUGUCCUCCAGAUUUCAGGGGGUCAGACACCUAUUCUGUGGCCACGCCCUCCAGCUUGGCCCCUCCCCCCAUUGAGAGGACAGGCGGUAUUGGAGACUCCAGACCUCCGUCCUUCCAUGCUGCAGCUCUCUGUCAUGAUGACCUUCAGGGGUCGGAGGUCAAAUCUCCUACUCCCCCUUCAGAGAAGCUCCAGCGGAGAGAUGUGGGCAACCGAGCAGGACACCCAAAUGGACACGUCCACCGAGCGGCCGAUAAAAAAGGGGCGGGGCCAGCAGGCGGAGGUGACAACUCAUCGAACCAACAGAGCAGCGAGUUAGAGACGACCAGUUUCUGCUCAUCGGAGGAAGACUCAGGAGGAAGGUUUAGCCAAUCAACAGGCCAGAGUAGCUCCUCACCCAGACUCAUCAGGCGACAGCGGCGCCGCCACCGAAAACCAAAAACACCACGGAUGGAGAAGUCGGCGUCUUUCAGCAGCGUUACUGACUCCACCAUGUCGCUCAAUAUCAUCACUGUAACCCUCAACAUGGAGCGGUAUAACUUCCUGGGUAUCAGCAUCGUGGGUCAGAGUAACGACAGAGGAGACGGAGGGAUUUAUAUCGGCUCCAUCAUGAAGGGAGGCGCCGUUGCUGCGGAUGGACGCAUCGAGCCCGGAGACAUGCUGCUGCAGGUUAAUGAUAUCAACUUUGAGAACAUGAGUAAUGACGACGCCGUCCGAGUUCUGAGGGAGAUCGUCCACCAACCAGGUUCAGUGACAUUAACUGUGGCUAAGUGCUGGGAUCCAAACCCACGAAGCUGCUUCACACUGCCAAGAAGUGAACCAGUGCGUCCCAUUGACCCGGCUGCGUGGGUGUCCCACACGGCCGCCAUGACUGGGAAGCUCCCCCCACAUUACAGUACGUCCCCAAUCUGCAGCAUUCCUCCACUGUUGACCUGUCCAUCACACACAGCUUCAUGUCCUCCAGGCGUUCACGAAGAAAAUCAGCUCAGCAUCCACAGUGACAUGACAGUGAUUGUCAAGGCCAUGGCCAAUCCAGAGUCAGGGUUGGAGGUUCGAGACAGGAUGUGGCUGAAGAUCACCAUUCCCAACGCUUUCAUAGGUUCAGACGUGGUGGACUGGCUCCACCGUAACGUCGAAGGUUUUACUGACCGACGGGAAGCUCGGAAGUACGCCGGAAACCUUCUAAAGGCCGGAUUCAUCAGACACACUGUCAACAAGGUCACCUUCUCUGAGCAGUGCUACUAUGUGUUCGGAGACCUGUGUGGAGAUCUAGCUGCAAUGUCUCUGCUCGACCAUGAAGAAGGGUCCAACCACGAAGGAGGAGGAGGACCCAACUGUGACCCGCCAGCCUUUCCUUAUCAGUAUCCCAUACCGCACCCCUACAGCUCACCUCACCUGCUACAUCAGCUGCCGGCUUGCGAAGCAGGAGGAGAAAGAAGUCAUCAUAGCGGAGGAAGUCGCAGCAGCCAAUCAGACUUCAGCGAUGAUCAGAAAGAGGGGAAAGGAAUAACCCAGAAAGAAACUGCCAAACAUGAAGCGAACAUUCAGGACAUGAUGGCAGACUGCCUGAGUGAUGGAAGUGCUCAGGGACCGCCCACUCACUUCUCUGGUUCCCAUGGCGACAAAGACACCCUGCCUGCAUCUCAAGGUCAGCACAACAACUUUUCAUCAAUCCAACCGGAAAUCUCUCGACAGUCUUUCCGCCUGGCCAUGGGAAACCCUAGCGACCUCUUUGUGGAUGUCAUGUGACCGACGUUAAUAAUGGCGUUAACGAUAUCAUGUCCAUUUAGGUGACCUGGAGACAUGUUAAAUAAGGCAAAGGAUUUUUUUUGUUUUUACUUAAGCUGAAAUGAGAGAAAAACUUAAGGCACAUUCAAUCACUGUGAAGAGCUGAUUCUAAGGAAGGCCUGGAUCUGACAAAGACCUGGACCUUACAGGAACUAGAACAAGAACUGGAACCAGACCUGGAUCUAACAAAAAUGUAGAUGUUAAAACACCUGAAGCUGAACGAUAUGAUCCUGGAUCCGACUCCUCAGAUCUGGAUUCAACUCAGAUCUGGAUCGGACUCAG